AUGCCGCCAAAGAGGUACUUUGAGCAGGAAGAAGCUGCUGCACAGCCGGCCGUCGCUUCCUCGUCUGAGGGCGCAGCGGCUGCACCAGUAGCGACGCCAAGCCACUCCUCCGCGAAGAAAGCCACAAAGAGCAAGGUCAAUGCGACCCUCUUCGUCUCGAGGUUGCCAUACACUGCCACCAGCACCGACCUACAGACUACGUUCAGCGAAAUCGGUCCAUUGAAGCGAGCCUUUGUUGUUAUCGACCAGGCCACCAAGAAGUCCAAAGGUGUGGGUUACGUCACCUUUGCCAUUCCCGAGGAUGCCACAACCGCCCUCGAACAGCUGCAGGGAAAGUCGCUCGAUGGUGGCAGCAGGAAGAUUCAGAUCACAUUUGCCGACCAGAAGGAUCCAACCGGAGCUAAGCGUCCCACCACUAAAGCAGACCCCGACUCACCUUCCUCCUCGAAGCGUCCACGUACCGAGACAGCCAAGCCAGCGCGCGCCAACGGCCAGGUCCAAGAGAAAGAUGCCGAUGCCGUUCGCACCGUCAUCCUUUCCGGCUUGGCCGGUUGCUCUCCCGCUCCUGACUCCAAGCAGAUCUAUAAGCGAGCCCGAAAGAUCGGCGAUGUCGACAACGUCAUCUACCCUUGCACCUCUUCGUCCAACCCCAACGACGUCGCACACGUCGUUUUCCGCACUCCGAAUCACGCCAUGAUUGCCGUCGAAAAGCUUCACGCUCACAUCUUCAAGGGAGUCCAGGUCAGCGCAAUUCUCAAAAAGAGAGCCGACAAUGCCGCCAAGAUCGCCGCCCACAUGCGUCCAGAGACACUUGCAAAGAGGGAGAAGAUGCGUCAGGACGUCGAGAAGAACAGCGGAAAGGGUACCAUGCCCGUGUUGCUCUCAGAGAUCGAUAAGUCGAGCAGGCUCAUCCUUCGCAAUCUGCCGUUCGAUGUCAACGAGGCUGAUUUGCGCUCCAUCUUUCUGCCAUUUGGCCCCGUGUACGAGAUCACCAUUCCCAAGGCCAAGGCCAAGGAAGGCGCUGCUGAGGUGAAUGCAAAGGCCGUCAAGGCAGAGGAGGCAGAAUCGCCGGUUGAGUCUGAUCAAGAUGCAAGCGACUCGGAAGACGAUAGCGUAGGUGCUGUUUCCGAUGACAGCGAGUCGGAUGCUGACGAGGAUGCUGACAAGGACGCUCAAGACGAUGAAGACGAGGAUCAGAACAGCGACGAUGGCGACGAGAACGAGAUCGAAAGUGUCGCCGAGGAUGCAGUGGCUGAGGAAGAGCCUGAAGCAAUUUCGACCUCCUCCAAUGACGACGCUGCAUCGUCUGAAGAUGCCGAGGCAAAUGCAGACGCAGCGGCGGAUGCUGCUGACAUCGUCGUCAAAACCGAAGACGAUGACGAUGCCGGGGUUCUCAGUACGCCCACCGCUCCAGCCGCAACCCCGUCAGCACCUUCCAAGCCAGCAGCCGAGAAAGGUCGUGGUUUCGCUUUCGUCUGGAUGGUCUCGCGUAACGACGCCGCCCGCGCCAUCGAGGCCGUCAACGGCAAGCCCAUCCAACACGGUGCAGCCGAGCGUGCAGCCUACAAAUCCGCUCUCGGCUCCCGCGGUCGUCGUUUCGCCAAGGCUGCUCUCGACCGUGUUCGUGCCAAUGCUCAGCCCGAACGAGCCGUCGCCGUCGACUGGGCGCUCAGCAAGAAGGACUACGAAGCCAAAGCGGACGAGUCCGAAAGCGAAGAAGACGCUGAAGACGCCGACGGCCAAGAUGCAGACAGCGCUGAUGAGGACGACGCUUCGGAACGACCUCAGCUUCCCGCACCCGAGGAGGGCACAACCCUCUUUGUCCGCAACUUGCCCUACCAAGCCACGGAGGAAGAGCUCCGCAACCUGUUCCGCACCUUCGGACCGCUUCGCUAUGCCAAGAUCACCAUGGACAGGUCCACCGGCCGAAGCAAAGGUACAGGUUUCGUAUGCUUCUGGCAAGCCUCCUCCGCGGACGCCGCUCUAGCACAAGCAAAGAUCAUCGAACGGGAAUCGGGCGUUUCAGGUUCCACUUCCGCUUCGGUCGCAAACCAAAAGAACCCUUUCGCCAUGCCUUCCGUGCUGACGGCUGAUCCAGCAGCUCCACUCACGGCAUCCCUGAACCUGCACGGACGAGUGCUCAACGUUAUCCCCGCCGUCGCGCGCGACGAAGCCUCGCGACUCGAAACCAGCGGACGCAAGGAACGCGAAAAGGGAGACAAACGAAACACCUGGCUUUUGCGCGAGGGCGUGCCUUUCCCCAACUCUGACUUCGCCGCUAAGCUCUCACCGAGCGAGGUGGAAAAGCGUCUCACAUCGUUCCAAGUUCGAAAGGCGCAGAUGGGCGCCAACCCGUCUCUGUUCAUCAGCAAGACUCGUCUGUCUAUCCGAUCCCUGCCACUCUUUAUGUCGGACCGAAUGCUCAAGCGACUUGCCAUUCACGCUAUCAAGACGUUCUCCGCUGAAGUGCGAUCCGGUGCACGAGCGGAUCUCGAUGCGGACGAAAAAGCGGAUCGAACGCUUUCCGCUUCUGCCGAAAACCGUAAGCGAAAACCCGGUGAACGACCGACACCGGUCGUCCAGAGCAAGAUCGUUCGACAGCACGAUCGAAUCGAAGCCCUGACCGGAUUGGGCAAGAGCAAAGGAUACGGAUUCUUGGAGAUGAAAUCGUUCCACGAUGCAUUGAAGGUGAUUCGUUGGAGCAACGGCAACAAAGCCGUCGGUAAGCUGUUGGUUGAAUGGUGGAAGGACGAUCUGUCGCAGCAGGUGGACCGAAUCGCCACCACGAUUCACACCAAAACGCAGACGCUGGAACAGAUGAGGACCGGCGAAGAAAAGGAAAAGCUCGCAGAAGAAGUCGCCGAACUCACCACGAGACGACAACGCUUGCGAACAAAAAUCGCCGAACUCUCCGAAAACGCAGAUGCCGGCGAGGGCAAGGAGCGAGGUGGAAUGCUCAUGAUCGAGUUCGCCAUUGAAAACGUCGUCACGACUAAGAAGAGAGCGGACAAACUCAAAGCCAUCAAGGAAUCCGGUGAAAGGCGAAAAGCUAGGGAAGAACAGGAAGAGCUCUCCAAGCAGCAGCAGGCGGAGGAGAAGAAACGCGAACUUCAAGCUGCGAGAAAGAUCCAAGCUGAUAAGAACAAACCGAAAGGUUUCGCUCACGGUGCUGUGAUUGGGAAGAAGAGGAAGGAGAGGAAGGCUAGACGUGGUUAG